GAUUUUACCAAUACAAAUACAACCCGUGUUGGGCAUUUCCACCUUGCUAACGAGUAAUAAUAGUUCAUUUGAGAAAAAUCGUGGUGUGCCAUCUCUGAAAAAGAUGGCAAUUUACAGUAUAUUUAUUCUGUCUAAAAGUGGAGGGUUGAUAUACCAAUAUGAUCACACAUCCAUUAAAAUAGAAGUAGAAAAGACGUUCACUUAUCCCCUAGAUAUUCAAUUGGUUGAGCAAAACAAACGAAUUGUUGUUGCCUUUGGCCAGAAAGACGGAAUUAAUGUCGGACACCACCUUUUAGCAAUAAAUGGGAUUCAGUUGAAUGGUAUGUUACUAGAUGAUGGACGAGAAGUUACUCCUUUCUUGGCUGACCAGUCCAAUUUUCCCCUCAGUCUGAAAUUUGGAAGGCCUAAACUUAGCACGAAUGAAAAAAUAUUUUUAGCCAGUAUGUUCUACCCCUUAUUUGCAAUUGCAAGUCAAUUAAGUCCUGAAUUAAAGUCUUCUGGAAUCGAAGUCCUGGAAGCUGACACAUUCAAGCUACAUUGCUUCCAAACAUUAACAGGUAUAAAGUUUUUGAUUGUUGCAGAACCAAAACAGUUGAAUGUAGAACAUCUCCUUCGGAGGGUCUACGAGCUCUAUGCUGAUUUUGCUUUAAAAAACCCAUUCUAUUCCCUUGAAAUGCCAAUAAGAUGUGAACAGUUCGAAUCAAAUUUACAGCUUUUGCUAGAACAAGAAAAAGGUGGUGUCAAUAACGUUUAAUUUUGUUCUUGAAUGUUAACUUUUUGUGCGAAAUAUAUAUAUCUUCACCGCGAAAUUACGGUACCAAUGUAA